AUGCAAGUCCCUCUUCUGCGACUGCAAUGCGGCUGCAACAGCUAUGAAUGGGGCAAGGUCGGCAACGACUCGGCGGCAGCUCGUUUUGCUUCUGCCACCCCGUCAAGUGACUUUUCUAUACAGCAAGACAAGCCUUACGCCGAGUUAUGGAUGGGUACACAUCCCUCCAACCCGUCCAAAGACCUCACCACUGGCCGAACAUUGCUGGACCUCGUGCAAGACAACCAAGCUUUGAUGUCACCAGCCAUCUCAAAACGCUACGAACAGAAGCUUCCAUUCCUCUUCAAGGUCCUCAGCAUCAACAAAGCUUUGUCCAUCCAGGCGCAUCCUAACAAAAAGCUCGCCGAGCAAUUGCAUGCCAAGGAUCCAAAGCACUAUCCCGACGACAAUCAUAAGCCCGAGAUGACCAUUGCUAUCACGCCGUUCGAUGGUCUAUGCGGGUUCAGACCUCUCAAUGAGAUCGCGCACUUUCUGCAGCAUGUUCCAACUCUGCGAAAACUUGUCGGCGAGGAUAAUGCCAGCAAGUUCGAACAGACCAUAAAGGGGCAAGAGACAACUACCGACGACAGCGAGACUCAGCAGAAUAAGAAAGCUCUUCAAGCAGCAUUCGGCGGCCUCAUGCAAUGCAAGUCAGCAGACAUUGAGGCAGUCGCACCCGAAUUGAUCGAGCAAGCAAAGUCUGAAGGAGCCAACUUCGCAGGAUCCGGUGGACCAUCGAACUCUGGCAAGGAGCUUUCAGACCUCAUGAUCCGCCUCAACGGACAGUUCCCCAACGACAUCGGCCUCUUCGUGACUUUCUUCCUCAACUACGUCCAGCUCGAAGUCGGCGAGGCCAUGUUCCUCAAGGCCGACGACAUCCACGCCUACCUAUCUGGCGACAUCAUCGAAUGCAUGGCCUCCUCCGACAACGUUAUUCGUGCUGGCUUCACGCCCAAAUUCAAGGAUACCGACACCCUCGUCGACUGCCUCACAUACUCGUACGCGCCUAUCGAGGAGCAGAAGAUGAACCCCAGCGACUACUCCUUCGUGAAGAUGAACACUACCGCGUACAGCAGCAACUCGCAGAGCACGCUCUACGAUCCUCCGAUUGAAGAGUUCAGUGUCGUGAAGACUGACCUCAAUGCCAAGGGUGGAAAGGCGACAUUCGAGCCAAUCGAGGGACCUUCAAUCGUGAUCUGUACCAAGGGAUCUGGCAAGAUCAGCGUCAGCAACAAGACCGAGGAUAUUAAGGAGGGUUACGUCUAUUUCGUGGGCGCCACUGCAGAAUUAGUCUUGGAGAGCGACAGCAGCGAGCCACUCGUCACCUUCAAGGCGUUCUGCGUACUCGGCGACGACUCGAACGGAAAGCUCUGA